AUGGCUCUUGGACCUGAUCAACUUCUUCCCCAGUGUUCUGGCUGUAAAGGAGUGGUCAGUGGAGAGCAUGUUCCGAAGAGCCCUCAUGCAGAGCAUAACGAGGUAGGCACAGUAUUGAGCCCUCUUGUGACGCUCUACAGCACAGGUUUUAGAGCCCUCUUCCCCACGCUCUACAGCACAGAGCCCUCCUCCCCUCUACAGGACAGCGGUGACUACCCUCUGACCAUGGCAGGUCCACUGUGGAAGAAGUUUAAGGGUAGUUUCUGUGAGUUCAUUGCUGUCUUGGUUAGACAGUGUCAGUACAGCAUCAUCUAUGAUGAGUACCUCAUGGACACGGUCAUAUCGCUCCUCACCGGACUGUCGGACUCACAGGUCCGAGCCCUCUUCAGGCACACCAGCACACUGGCAGCUAUGAAGCUGAUGACAGCCCUGGUGAAUGUAGCUCUGAACCUGAGCAUCAACAUGGACAACACACAGCGGCAGCCCUCUUCCCCACGAGACAGAGAGAAACAAGAUGGUCGCUAA